AGUAUUUCAAACAUUACAAAUCAUUAUCUUUUAAUUUUUUAGUGAUAAAACAAUAGUUGAUUAACUAAAUUGAAUUCAGAAUUUAAAGAGUGGCUUCAAGUAUGGGUCAGUCGGGUUCGUCCACUCGACACAGAAAAUCGCUUUUUAGUAAUCAAUUUGAAAAAUUUGAAAAUCAGAUCUCAGAUGAAUCCGAUUACGUAACUCUGGUUCGGGUGACUACCAGUCAAAUUGAUUUGACUCCCGAAAGAAACUCAACUAUUGACCGACAAUUUCUUCGACCGACGCCUACAUUUGCAGACAGAAGUCGACCAAAAACAACAAUAGAACCAAAUAUUUAUAGCGAUAUCAAGCAAUAUAUGCGACCGAAGACCACAUUAAUUGAGAAUCAAAUCAUUUGCGAAGACAUCGGCAAUGAAUCGGCAUUUAGUUUGACACCACCGACACCUCCACCAACAAACCGACCGUUAAGUUAUGCCAAUCACUGUUCACUGCAAUGUGUUUGUAGUGAUUGUCGGUUAACUCGUUAUAAUCUAUUGAAUUGGUUGUUACCUAACUGUACCCGAGUUAGUGCCGAACGUCUACUGAGGGGUAGAUCUGACGGAACUUUUCUGGUUCGAAAAAGCGAGAAAUUUCCCAAUCAAUACACCCUAUCGUUUGUGUGCGGAUCACACAUCAGACACUGUCUUAUAUUGAGAUCAGUUUACGGUUUUGGUUUGAAAGAGCCGUACAAAUACUCAACACUACAACAGUUUGUAUUUCAUUACGCAAAGCACUCACUCUCUGAAUUCAAUUGGAAACUCAAUACAACUCUUAAAUAUCCAGUUUUCGCUUGA